CCCGGCGCUCUGCGGCCACCUGGCCCUGCUGCUGCUCCUCGCCGCCCCCGCCGCGCACGGCUACAGCUUCCCCCAGCAGCACACUAUGCAGUACUGGGCCAGAAGGCUGGAGCAGGAGAUUGAUGGCGUGAUGAGGAUAUUUGGUGGCGUCCAGCAGCUCAGAGGGAUCUACAAUGAGAAUAGAAACCUGUUUGAAGUCAAGGAGAACGUGCCCAGAAAAUUAGUGGAGAAGGUUGCAGGGGACAUUGAAAGCCUGCUGGCCAAGAAAGUCCGUGCAUUAAAGAGGCUGGCGAAUGCAGCAGAGAAGUUCCAGAAAGCCCACCACUGGCAGGACAACAUCCGGGAGGAAGACAUCGAGUACUACGACUCCAAGGCAGACACAGAAUUCGUGAGUGCUGUGAGUACUGAUGAUCCCGAUGGGGAAGAAAUCGAGCGGGAGAAGUCCAACUCCCUGAAGCUGGAGUUCACCGACGAUGCCAACUUCAAGACCAAGGUUAACUACUCAUAUGCUGCCGUGCAGAUCCCCACUGACAUCUACAAAGGCUCCACCGUGAUCCUCAACGAGCUGAACUGGACGCAGGCACUGGAGGACGUUUUCAUUGAGAACCGCAAGGAAGAUCCCUCCCUGCUCUGGCAGGUCUUCGGCAGCGCCACCGGCGUCACCCGCUACUAUCCUGCCACCCCAUGGAGAGCACCCAAUAAGAUCGACCUGUACGACGUGCGCAGACGGCCCUGGUACAUCCAGGGUGCUUCAUCCCCAAAGGACAUGGUCAUCAUCGUGGAUGUGAGCGGCAGUGUGAGCGGCCUCACCCUCAAGCUGAUGAAGACCUCGGUCCACGAGAUGCUGGACACGCUCUCGGAUGAUGACUACGUCAACGUGGCCUCAUUCAACGAAAAGGCAAAGCCGGUGUCAUGCUUCAAGCAUCUGGUGCAGGCCAACAUCCGCAACAAGAAGGUCUUCAAGGAGGAUGUGCAGGGCAUGGUGGCCAAGGGCACGACUGACUACAAGGCUGGCUUCGAGUAUGCCUUCGACCAGCUGCAGAAUUCCAACAUCACGCGUGCCAACUGCAACAAGAUGAUCAUGAUGUUCACGGACGGUGGUGAGGACCGGGUGCAGGAUGUCUUUGAGAAGUACAACUGGCCCAAUAAGACGGUGCGUGUCUUUACCUUCUCUGUGGGGCAGCACAACUAUGACGUGACCCCGCUGCAGUGGAUGGCAUGUGCCAACAAAGGUUACUACUUCGAAAUCCCCUCUAUUGGUGCCAUCCGCAUCAACACACAGGAGUACCUGGAUGUGCUGGGCAGGCCCAUGGUGCUGGCUGGGAACCGUGCCAAGCAGGUGCAGUGGACCAACGUCUACCAGGAUGCUCUGGGGCUGGGGCUGGUGGUGACGGGCACGCUGCCUGUGUUCAACCUGACAGAGGACAACAGUGACAGGAAGAACCAGCUCAUCCUGGGUGUGAUGGGGAUCGAUGUGGCACUGAACGACAUCAAGAAGCUGACACCAAGAUACAAUCUGGGAGCCAAUGGCUACGUCUUCGCCAUUGACUUGAACGGCUACGUGCUGCUGCACCCCAACCUGCAGCCCCAGAUCAUCAAUUUCCGUGAGCCAGUGACGCUGGACUUCCUGGACGCCGAGCUGGAGGAUGAGAACAAGGAGGAGAUCCGGAGAAGUAUGAUUGAUGGGAACGAUGGGCAGAGGUUCAUCAAGACACUCAUCAAGUCGUUGGAUGAGCAAUACAUCGAUGAGGUGUUCAGGACCUACACGUGGGCUCCCAUCAAAAGCACCAACUACAGCCUGGGGCUGGUCCUGCCCCCCUACAGCACCUACUACAUCCAGGCCAACCUCAGUGACCAGAUCCUGCAAGUGAAGUAUUUUGAAUACCUGCUGCCCAACAGCUUUGAGUCGGAGGGACAUGUGUUCAUUGCUCCCAGAGAGUAUUGCAAAGACCUCGACUUGUCAGAUAACAACACCGAGUUCCUGGAGAACUUUAUUGCCCUCAUGGAAAAGGUGACCCCAGACUCCAAGCAGUGUGACAAUUUCCUCCUGCACAACCUAAUCCUGGACACAGGCAUCACACAGCAGCUGGUGGAGCGCGUCUGGAAGGACCAGGACCUCAACACGUACAGUCUCCUGGCUGUCUUCGCAGCCACAGAUGGUGGCAUCACCCGUGUCUUCCCAAACAAAGCUGCAGAUGACUGGGAGGAGGAGCCGGAGCCCUUCAAUGCCAGCUUCUACCGCAGGAGCCUGGAUAACAAGGGCUACAUAUUCAAACCACCCUACAGGGAUGGUGGCUACCAGGGGCUGGAUUUGGAGAACAACACAAUUGGGAUCCUGGUGAGCACUGCUGUGGAGCUCAGCAUCGGGGGCAAGACACUGAAGCCAGCAGUGGUCGGGGUGAAGCUGGACCUGGAGGCCUGGGCGGAGAAGUUCAAGGUUCUGGCAAGCAACCGAACAGACCGUGACCAGCUAGGCUCCCGCCGGUGUGACCCCUCGAGCAGCUGUGAGAUGGACUGCGAGGCCAACAACAAGGACCUCAUCUGCGUCCUCAUUGAUGACGGUGGCUUCCUGGUGCUCUCCAACCAGGAGGAUCACUGGUACCAGGUGGGCAAGUUCUUCAGCGAGGUGGACGCCAACCUGAUGUCUGCCCUCUACAACAACUCCUUCUAUGCCCGCAAGGAGUCCUACGACUUCCAGUCCGUCUGUGCCCCCGAGGCCCAGAGCAACACGGGUGCUGCACCACGUGGUGUCUUUGUGCCCACCGUGGCCGACCUGCUGAACCUGGCCUGGUGGACCUCAGCGGCAGCCUGGUCCCUCUUCCAGCAGUUCCUCUACAGCCUCACCUACAGCAGCUGGUUCCAGACAGAGGACGUCAUGGCAGAAGGCAUGGAGGCGAGGGAGACGAGCUGCAUCAUGAAGCAGACGCAGUACUACUUCAGCACCGUCAACGCCACUUACAACGCCAUCAUCGACUGCGGGAACUGCUCCAGGCUGUUCCACGCGCAGAGGCUGGCCAACACCAACCUGCUCUUCGUGGUGGCUGACAAGCCCCUGUGCAGCCAAUGCGAGUCCGUCAAGCUGCUGCAGGCUGAGGUCAGGGCUCCCCCGAGAGACCCGAACCAGUGUGAGCUGGUGGACAGGCCCCGCUACCGGAAAGGCCCCCACAUCUGCUUUGACUACAAUGCAACAGAAGAUACCUCAGACUGCGGCCGAGGGGCAUCCUUCACCCCCUCCCUCGGGGUCCUGCUCUCCCUGCAGUUGCUGCUCCUCUACGCCAGCACCAGCCGGCACCCGCUGCCCCCGGCCGCCUGCCUUUAACCCACGCCCGCCACCCUCCUGUUCUCUCAGCCUCCAUCUCCAUUCCCUUUCCAAGGCCCGGUGGGAUGGGAGCAACCCCCCCACAGCCCCACGGCCUCGGGGCCGCGCUCCCCACGGCCACAU